GUCUUCUUUUUUAAACAUGAGUCUUAAUCCGUGGCUAAUAUUACUAUUUUCCUUUACGGAUGCCUGAGAUAUACAACUGUUUAAAUCAUCAUGAUGCUAGUCAAUGUUUCUUUUGUUUCAGGUUUUCCUUUCUUGAUGGGUACCCUCCACGGGAUCGUUGGCCUUUUGUUUGGCCUUCAGAUCGUCACACAUGCAAUGGGCUUUAGUAGUGGGGGAUUUUUUCAGUCUUGCGCUUCCCUGUUGCCUAACCAUAUAUUCAAUGGUGUAGAUUUCCCCCCACAGAACAGUGAACAACCGUUUGAAGUCAAUGCCAUCGCCGGUGAGGGGGAGUCAAUUAUGGUGACUCUAGGAAGCAGGUCGUCUGCUGCUCAACCAUUUACAGGGUUCAUGGUGGAUGUCCGGAAGUCAGAAAUAGAUCCUGCCAAUGGAAGUUUCGUUGAGUUUGGUCCUAGAAGUACUGGCUUGACGUGCAAUGGCAUUCAGGAUUCAGCUGUUACUCAAAACUCAAACGUUCCGAAGACUUUUGUUCAAGUUAAAUGGCAAGCGCAGGAAAAUGGAUCCUCUUCAUUAUUUUUACGAGCCACAUUUGUUCAAAAUUUCACCACAUUUUGGAGUCCAGUGAAUGUCACUAUACAGACACCAGCUUCAACAACACAGCCACCAACUACAACACUAACUUCCAAGCCCAGCACAGAACAACCAAGUACAGACCAACCAAGUACAGAACAACCAACUACACAACAAACAAUAACAGAACAACCAACUACAGAACAAACAAUAACAGAACAACCAAGUACAGAACAACCAACUACACAACAAACAAUAACAGAACAACCAACUACAGAACAAACAAUAACAGAACAACCAAGUACAGAACAACCAAGUACAGAGUUACCAAGUACCAACCAACAAAGUACAGAACAACCAACUACAGAACAAACAAUAACAGAACAACCAAGUACAGAACAACCAAGUACCGAACAACCAAGCACAGAGUUACCAAGUACCAACCAACAAAGUACAGAACAACCAAUUGGUACAAAUCCAUGUACUAGUGCUAUACAACAAAUUACUACACUGUAA